UACUCAACAGUUAACAACAUGAAGUGUAUUGUAAUAAUCGUUCUUUCUUGUGCUGUAGCACUAAAUGCUCAACCUUUUGGCUUAGGCCUCGGUCUGGGAAGACUAGGCUUGGGAGGUAUAGGCUUAGGGUCUGGCCUUGGUCUAGGAAGGCUGGGUGGUCUAGGCCUAGGUGGACUUGGCAUGGGUGGAAUGGGAGGAGGUUAUGCCAGCGGUGGUGGAUAUGGCGGUGCGGGUUGUGGCAGUGGCGCAAGUGGUGUCGGAAGCCAGGGUUACCAGAAUGCUGGAGCGGGUGGCUUUCACAACGUUGGUGCUCAUCACAAUAGAGUUACAUCCAUAAACAAUGCUGAAAAUUCUGGUUUUAAUAACAUCGGCGGCGGAUCAGCGAUGAACAAUGGCGGUUAUGGUGGAAAUGGAUUCAACGGCUAUCAGAACGGCGGUUCCCAAUUUGGAAAUGGUUUUGGAUCUGGCAGCCAAGGAAUGAUAAUAUAGGAAGUUAUAUAGUGGUGUAUUUGGCGAAUACUAACAUUUUUAUUUCCUAUUUCUGUAUACAAAUUACAUCAACAACAAAGAGAAUAAAUUAUUUAUGAAA